AUGUCGAAGAGAGACUUUGGGCUUGAGAAUAACCAAGGAGCUUUAGUGGAAGAAAACAACAGGGGCGUUGGUGAUGAUGCGCCGGCUCCUUUGCGCAAAUUGAAGCCGGUUGAAUAUACCGUCGGCUGGAUCUGCGCCAUAAAGGUAGAGUACGUUGCCGCCCAAGAGUUCCUCGACGAAGAACACGAGGGACCAGAACCGGACGAUGUGUCUCCUCAAGACAACAACAACUACGCAUUGGGCAGCAUCGGGAAGCACAAUGUUGUUAUCGCCACCUUGCCCCUUGGAGAGUACGGGAUAGCAUCAGCAGCAACCGUUGCUAGAGACAUGAUGCACUCCUUUCCCAAUGUCAGAAUCGGUCUAAUGGUCGGCAUUGGCGGCGGCGCUCCAAGCGAACAUCACGACAUCCGCCUUGGCGACAUCGUGGUCAGCGCUCCAAAAGACGGGAGCAGCGGGCUACUUCAGUACGACUUUGGCAAGAAUAUCCAAGAUCAGAGCUACCUGACCACCACAGGGUUUCUGAACCAGCCACCCAUUGCUCUGCGGACGGCACUGGCAGGACUCCAGGCCCAAUACGAGAGAAGAGGCCAUCGGCUUGAACAAGCAGUCAACAGUGUCCUUGAGAAGAACAGGAGACUGCGGCGCCAGUAUAGGCGGCCGGAUCAAAGCAGCGAUAGGCUCUAUCAACCUGGGGUCAUCCACCCAAACACUAAAGAAGGCUGCAGUCUUGCAUGUGAUCCAUCUGGGCUAAUCCCGCGACUCGAACGCGCCGAAGACGAGGAUAACCCAGCAAUUCAUUACGGUCUAAUUGCUUCGGCGAACCAGCUGAUGAAGAAUGCCUUCCUUCGGGAUAAGCUUGCAGCAGAGAAAGACGUUUUAUGUUUCGAGAUGGAAGCCUCCGGGCUGAUGAACCACUUUCCCUGCUUAGCUAUUCGAGGUAUAUGCGACUACUCAGAUUCCCACAAGAAUAAGGAGUGGCAAGGAUACGCAGCUAUGAUAGCAGCUGCGUAUGCAAAAGACCUUCUAUAUAGGAUCGCUCCCAACAGCGUUACAGCAGAGAAAAGGAUCAAGGAUAUACUCACAGAUGUGCAAGAGACGGUCAAAGAUGUGGGAAAAGAUGUUAAUAAACUUAUCCAUAAGCAAUAUAAUCAAGAACACCAAGCCAUCCUGGACUGGCUUACGCCUAUUGAUUACGCCCCUCAGCACAACGACUUUAUUAGCAGAAAACAGGAAGGAACAGGCCAAUGGCUUCUAGAGUCGGCAGAAUUUCAAGCGUGGGUUAAAACAAACGGGCAGACACUCUUUUGUCCCGGCAUCCCUGGAGCUGGCAAAACCAUCAUCACAGCAAUAGUAAUCAACCAUCUGCUUGCUAAUUUCCACAAUGACCCGCAUGUCGGUGUUGCGUACAUAUAUUGCAACUUUCGGCAACAAGACGAGCAAACGGCCGAAAAACUGCUCACGAAUCUGCUGAAGCAGCUAGCCCAGGCUCAAUCAUCUCUACCAGAGAUGGUCAAAGAUCUCUAUGACAAACACGAAAAGAGGCGCACGCGGCCAUCGCUUGAUGAGAUUACGGCAACGCUCCAUUCUAUGACUGCAGCAUAUUCAAGGACCUUUAUCGUAAUCGAUGCUCUGGAUGAAUGCCAAGAUUUGAGUCGGCUGAGGCUCCUCGAUGAAAUAUUCAACCUUCAGGCCAAAACUGGAGCAAACAUCUUCGCUACCUCUAGGAUCAACGACACCAUAAGGAGACGCUUUGACGGAUCAGCAACUGUCGAAAUUUCCGCAGACGAAAGCGAUGUAGUGGCCUACUUAGACGGGCAGAUGACACUACGACGUUCAGACAUCAUUAAUGACGACAUUCAAGACAAAAUCAGGACUGGAGUGCUUAAAGCUGCUGGUGGAAUGUUCCUUCUUGCAACUUUUCACAUUGACACAAUCAUGAGUCAGCCUACAAGAGGAGAAAUCAAGGAGGUAUUGAAAAAAUUGGGCAGGGGGGUGGAAGGAUUACAUGAAAUAUAUAAGCAAGCCAUGGAGAGGAUCGAAGGUCACACAGACGCUAUUCGAUCUCUUGCAAAACGGAUCCUAACUUGGAUUACUCUCGCCAAAAGACCUCUUUCUAUCACAGAGAUGCAGCAUGCGGUUGCGGUCAGGGAGUAUAUGACGGCGUUCGACACUGACUACAUACCGGAUGUGAAGGAUCUUAAAUCUGUGUGUGCCGGGCUUGUGACGACCGAUGAAGAAAGUGGAAUCAUUCGGCUGGUCCACUACACGACUCAAGAGUUCCUCCACCAGACGAAGGAAACGUGGUGUCCCGAAGGGGAGUCUUAUAUCACGAAAAUAUGCGUUACGUACCUGUCAUUCAGUCCUUUCAGCAGCUGUCAUACCUAUGAUGAACUUGAAGAGCGUCUGAAAUCCAACCCUCUGUAUGAUUAUGCCGCACGCAACUGGGGACAUCACGCUCGAGUGGCUUCCACGGCAGUUCGGGAAGUCGUGGACUUUCUGAAGGCCAAGACGAAAGUUGAGGCGUCGAUCCAGGUACUGCUGACGCCAGAUUCAAUAAUAAGGUCAUGGAAAGAUCUGGAACACACAGUGGCUCCAAAAGAAAUGUCGGGACUACACUUGGCAGCGUACUUUGGAGUUGAGAGAGCAGUUGAUUACUUGCUUCAAACUGGUUGCAGUCCUGACUUGAAGGAUACAUACGGCCGGACUCCUUUAUCAUGGGCUGCUAAAAAUGGCAGCGUAGCUGUCAUUGCACAACUGUUGGCGACAGGUCAAGUUGAGGCGGAUUCUAAGGAUGAAUGGAACAACACGCCACUGUUUAAUGCUAUCAAGCACAACCAUGAGGAUGCUGUCAAGCUACUUCUGGAAGCUGGUGUCAACGCAAACUCGAAAAACGGUCACUACAUGAGCACUCCACUACUUCAGGCUUCAGCAAACGGCAAUGUCGCGAUUGUUAGGCUACUUCUCAAAUACGGGGCCAUGGUAGACCUCAAGGAUGAUAAUGGUAUCACGCCACUCGUUUCAGCAAUCGAGCGCAAAAACGAGCAAGUUGUGCAGUUACUUCUUGAUCACGGCGCCAACGUGAAGGUACAAGGCAACCUUGACAGAACGCCAUUGUUGCUGGCGGCAGCAGGGAGACUUGCAGUUAAAUUAUUACUUGACGAAGGAGAUGACUCAAAGCCAAAGGACGGCGAUCGUAGACGAUCACCAAUACUACCCGCAGCAGAGGACGGCUAUGUGACUAUUGUUCAGCUAUUGCUUGACAAAGGCGCCGACGUUGAAUCAAUGGAUAUGCACGGGCGGACGCCAUUAUCAUAUGCGGCGGAAAAUGGGUAUAAAGCUAUGGUUCAGCUGCUACUUGAAAAUGGCGCUGGCAUCGACUCGAAGGGGGGAGGUAGCCGAACACCACUGUCAUAUGCAGCAAGGAAUGGACACACGGCCGUUGUUCAGCUAUUACUUGAUAAAGGCGCUGACUUUAAGCUAACUGAUAUUCGCGGAUGGACACCGCUAUCAUAUGCAGCAGAGACUGGGCAUACGGCCAUUGUUCAGCUGCUACUUGAAAGAGGCGCCGACUUCGAGUUGAAUGUUGCUCGCGGGCGAACACCGCUCUCAUACGCAGCAGAGAACGGGCACACGGCCAUCGUUCGGCUGCUGCUUGGAAGAGGUGCCGACAUUAAUUCGAUGGAUGAGGAGCUCGAGCCAACGCCGCUGUUUUUGGUAGCCCCCGCAGUGAAAGUAGACAUGCCCGUCGUCCAGCGGCUACUCGACAGUCUGAAAGACAUUGACAUGGACAAGAAGUUGAAGGACAGCAGGCGCGGGCGGACACCGCUGUUAUGGGCAGCAAUGAACGGGCAUGAGGCUAUUGUUCAACUUCUUCUCGAUAAAGGUGCGAAUAUCGACUCAAAGGAUAGCUAUGGGCGGACACCGCUAUCGUACGCAGCAAUGAAAGGGCACAAGGCGAUUUUGCGGCUGCUUCUUGAUAAAGGUACCAACAUCGACUCGAGGGAUAACUAUGGGCGGACACCAUUAUUAUACGCAACAUCAGUAGGGUAUAUGGAUAUUGUACAGUCAUUGCUUGACAAAGGCGCCGACUUGAACUUGCGGGAUAAGAAUGGGAUGACGCCACUAUCAUUGGCACAAGAGAAUGGACACAAAGUUGUUGUUCAGUUACUGUUUGACAGAGGCGCCAGGAGCAUGCACGUUCAACCUAAUUACAAGUAUAUAUUGAAAGUAAGGGGGGCUUAG